CGCCAGCAACCUUACCCAAAAAAUCCGCCUCGUCAACAACCUGCGGAAUCUUAUGGUAACCCUGCUUACGCUCAGCAUUAUCAACGUAAUCAGCAACAGCCCUUUCGUGGGAGCUUCGCAAGGCGUGAGCCUUGCUCAAUCGACACGUGCCACUACUGCAAGCAACAAGGCCACUGGAGAAAAAACUGUCCUCUUCUCGCCAGUCUCAGGUCAUCUAACAGCAACUCCACAACCUACCAGAAGUAGUAAAGUAGGGCCUGAACGUCACUCUCCAGUCAUUGUGAAUGAUAAGUAUUUAGACACUAUUAAUGACCAAUUUUCUACAUGUUUUGUUGAUAACGAUUAUAUAGAAUCUUUUUUAGAUCAAGUUCAAUAUUUUGAAAAUUGUCAGUCAUAUGAUAAAUUUAAAGGGGUGAAAGGUAGAUUAGCUUGUCAUGUAAAGUAUUGGGAAAAUAUAGGUGCUUGUCCUUUUGUGCUUGAUACAAUAAAAAAUGGUUAUGUUAUUCCAUUUAUAGAUACACCUUUUAAAAUGUACCACAGAAAUAAUAGAUCAGCACGGCAGAAUACUGAAUUUGUCACAAAGUCAAUUGAAGAUUUAGUUCAAAUAGGUUGCGUAAUUAAAGUGCCUUUUCAACCAUAUGUGGUAAAUCCAUUGAGUGUUGCUACUCAAAAGUCCGAUAUUUUUUCAGUAGGACAUUGGUCAGACUUUAAUUCACAAGUUGCCUCUAAUAAUGAUCUCAGCAGUUUGUUCAAACAGUUACCAGAAUUCCUUCUUUCGUCCAAGGCUGCGAGUACUCAGAAGAAAUAUAGAUAUGCCUUCAAUUCAUGGUGUAAGUGGACUAGUCAAUAUUCUUUUUCACCAUUGCCAGCAUCUCAUUUACAUAUUUCUUUAUAUUUAAUUCAUUUGUCUGAAACUGCAAAAUCGGUUUCAAAAUUAAAUGAUGCUUUUUACGCCAUAAAAUGGGCACAUAAAUUAGCUGGCGUUGCUGAUCCCAGUGAAAAUAAUCUAGUUGCAUCUGUUCUUGAAGGGGCUCAUAGAAAAAUAGGUCAUUCAGUUGUCAAAAAAGAACCUAUCACACCGCAUAUUUUGAAAAAUAUUGUAUGUAAAUAUGCUAAUAAUACUUGUAAUUUAAAAGAUUUAAGAAUAGCAUCAGGAGGAUACUGUAAUACUGACUGGAGGAAUUGUCAACAACCAUGUGCCACUAAAUCUAACCCUGUGUCUGGAUGUAUAGAAUGUAGCUGUCCUAAUGAUCAAAUAACCACACCAGUUGCUGAAAUGUCGACGAGAACAACAGAACCGUAUAGCACUAUUAAUACCAACAGUCAACAGUCUUUCACCUUUUCUAUAACAAACAAACCUACUAUUAUGCCAGAAACACAAAAACUGAUGACGUAUACACAGACUGUAAAACCUACUACACAAGCACCCCAACCAUUAGUUCAGUCAACAGAAAUAUCCACAAAAAGAACAGAUAACACAGAGAUAAGAUUUCCGGAUGUCUUCACUACCCCGCAUGUACCGGAACCGGAAGUUACAAGUGACAAAACAACAAGAGGCACGACUCUUCACAUGAUUGUAUGUGCAGAAGUAUUUGACUGUGAUUUAGAUUGCUAUACAGGCUAUUCUACGGACGAUAGUGGAUGCCCUUUGUGUAAAUGUGCACCGCUUCCAACAGGUUUUGUUUAAAAGCACACAGCUACAAUAAAUGGAAAAUAUGACCUUAUUGUUCACAUUAUUGCCCUUUGAUCUUAUGGAUAGUUGUCUUAUUGACAAUCAUACCACAUCUCCUUAUAAGACGGUAUUAUUCGCAUUUCUAUUUAAACUUUUUUGAGGUCCCAAACGUUAACUUUAACAUUUUGGCUUUCCAAACAUUUAGGUCGAGCAUACCAGUGGAGUUAUUCCAGAAAACCAUGUUGCGCACACAGAAAUUAUAUCACUUUGUCACAAAUAUCAUGAAUGUAUUUACAAAUUCUAACUUUGUCUUUGUAAGCUAACAAACAUAGUAUUUCUUUGCCUGUGCAUUCAAAUAAAUAUUUAUAAGAUAAUUUAUGAAUUGUAUGUGAAAUCAUUACAGUACUGUAUAUGUACUCAUACAUAUAAAAUUAAUAAAAUUACAACAGGAGAACAGAAAAAAUAUAAUAAACGGUUUUUUUCUUAAUCUAGACCUAUAAAUCAAGUAAAUUAAUCGCUUCAAGAACUAACAAACAGAAUAUUUUAA